AUGAUCUCCAUCAUUGGCGAGACGGGCUCGGGCAAGAGCACCUUGAUUGCAGCCAUGGUUCGAAUGCUCGCACCGGUUGCACAUGGCGAAUAUUUGGUGCCUGUCUCUGGUGCCGAUACAGAUAGCUUUGACUUUACGAGCAGCGAUGUUCACAUAUUUGCUGGCCCAAGAACCUGCGAGACGGAGCAUCCUCGUCUCGUUGUCGGCUGUGAAGGAUUUCCUGCAACAGACAAGCCGAUUGCUCGCCAGCUCUUGGCACAAGCACAGAAACCCCAAACACUGCAGCCCCUGACCGACGGCACUAUGCGGAAGCCCAGCACGAAUAGAUCGGUCGAAGAAACCAUCGCUGACCAUACGAGCACCGCGUCUGACCGAAUCCCUCUGGGAGGGGGUCAGACAACUCUAGAACAUCUCACGAUAUCCUGCAAGAAAUGUUCAAGUGGGCCAAAGAUGAACGCUGGCAUGCCCAGCGCCUUGGCCUCCGUCAAUCAAGCCACGACAAGUCUCCUUGGAAACUUUGAGCGAUCUACGCGCUUCACCGAGCUUCGACGGAGAUGGAGGUCUCGAGGGAAAGAGAUCCCCACGGCAGAAGAGCUCAUACUAUGCUACUAUGAUUCCUUUCGUGUUAUCUCUAUUCCACAGUACACUGCUACUCCCCCGACCACUGUGAAGAAGACGUCGGAUCAGAUCAAGACACUGUACAAAGAAUUAAUACACAUGUCGGAGCGCAUACGGAGUAAGAGGCAGCUUGUUAAUAUGGAGCUAGAUGUCGUCAAUGUGAAUGUUUAUUUCAAACGAGCCUUGAUAAAAUUGGGCCGCGACUACGACAUUGGUGUCAUGGCCAGUCUUGCAAAGAAACGCAACUUCGACAGAAGUCAAACAGUUGGCGGAGAAGCAAUGCAGGUGCACCAGAUGAUUUCUUAUAUCGCUGUCUGUAUUUUGGCACAAAUUGGCGACCAUACGAAGCUCAGAAACGCAAAAACGACCUCGUGGAUGAAGCCAGGCGUGGUCUAG